UGACGCUUCCAAGCAUCUCUCUGCAAUGGCCUCAGGGAACGACGGUGACCCACCGAGGGCCCAUGGACGCUGGGAAAGCCGUGGGCGCAGGCUGUCACAAGAGCUCAACUCAGAAGACCAGGUGGCAAAGGAGACGGAGGAGGUGUUUCGGAGCUAUGCCUUCUAUCGCCACCAACAGGAGAGAGAGGAGAGAGGGGAGGAAGUGCCCAUGGACCCAGAGAUCGUGGAGAUCCAGCAGGAACUGGGCAGCACUGGGAGCAUGGUGGGAAGGCGCCUGGCCAUCAUCGGUGACGACAUUAACGAGCGGUACGACGUGGAGUUUCGCUACAUGCUGAAGUCUUUGCAGCCCACCAAGGAGAACGCCUAUGAGUACUUCACCAGAAUAGCCUCCAGCUUGUUUGAGAGCGGCAUUAACUGGGGCCGGGUGAUCGCGCUGCUGGGCUUUGGCUACCGCAUGGCCAUCCACGUCUACCAGCACGGCAUACCGGGUUUCCUCCGCCGGAUCGCCCGCUACGUUGCGGAGUUCAUGCUCCAGAACCGCAUCGCCCAGUGGAUCGCCCAGCAGGGAGGAUGGGUGGCUGCACUCGACCUGGACAAUGUUUACAUGAAGUACAUGCUGGUGGUGGUGGCCCUGGUCAUGGUGGGGCAUUUAGUGGUACGACGCUUCUUCAGACCCUGACUGACAUGGGGGCAGAGGCUGGGGGCGGUCUGGCCAAGCUCUCUCUCAAAUCUCUGCCCUGCAUUGACAUCUCCCAAGAGAGAGGGGGAUUCAAGGAACCUCUGAGAGAGAGAGCAGCUUGGACCUGUGACCCUCCCACUACCAGGGUCUCUGCCAUCUGUGGAUACACCACCAGGAGCUAUGGAGAGAAGUGGGGUGGGUGGGGGGCGGGGGAAGGUUCAACUUUGCUCUCUGUUUUAUGCCUUGCUUAGCUGCUGAGGACAGAGCAUCACUGUGAUCCUAGCACUCCUAGCAUGCGGCAGUGAGACAGAACAGGCUCCUCUGGAGUCAUGAGUCUGAAGGAACAAUUGCCUUGGUGUAAUAAUGCCAGUGUGUGCGAGCACACGGGGCUUGUCCGCUCCUUGGGGCAGGUGCAGAGCUCCCCUGUUGCUAAUGGCUCUAGCCUAAACCAUGCCUGCAUUUGAAGAGGGAUUGCAGCCUUGGCUGCUGCAAUUGUCUGUAAGUCACUGGAGGGGCAAGCCAGCAUUGGAAAGCCCAAGGUGGGGCUUGCUUUCACCUUCCCUCUGUUCCUGAGCCCGAGCCCUUGAGCCUUCUCUUUCCUUUUAACAAGCAUCCCUACCCCUUUUUUAAAGAAACACACUGACUACCUGUCCUCUGACAGUCAAUGGUAACACCUGGCAGUGCUGGCAGGCAGGUUUUCCCUGCUGCAGCCUGACCUGGAGACCUGCACCUCUCCCCUGGCUGAUGCAGGUGCUGGGGUGCAGCCUCGCAGCCCUCCGUGUGCUCAAAGGCUGCAUGCCAGCAGACCUAGGAAGCACCAGCGGCUUUCCAAACACUAAAAAGCUGUGGGGUGACUGAUGGUCAGUGUAGGCAGCCCGCCUGCCAGCCUUCCCUCCAGUUCUGCUGGGGGCUUCCAUUCAGUAGACUUGGGUGCUGGCAAAUGAGCAGCCCAGGUGAGACCAGUUGGUCUCCCUUGCUCUCAGUGGGAGGCACUGGAGUUGCACCCCGUUCCUGCAUCAGCUCUUUACCUUCCGAGCUCAGCUGGGCAGGAUGGUGCAGACGUGCCCUGGUUAAGCCCAGGGCUACAGUGUUUUAUAGCUGCCCAGACAGCAGGGCCAGCCUCUUCUGGGCACAGCAUCUUUAGGAACUGACUUGACCUCAUUCCGUUUGUGACUAAUGCUCCACUCUCCCAUCCCAAAUCUUUGUGAUUUUGUGAUUUUUGCAGAACGGGGAGAGUCCCAGUGUGGACUGCAUGGUUUAGCUCUGUUGGUCUUACUCCAGAUGACUGUAAGGCUUGAAACUGUGACUGGCCCUGUCUGAGCCAAACUCACCCUAUUCCAGCAUUACCCAUCUCAGGUGCACCAGCCAGGGGGGUGGAGCCAAGGGACCUUGGAGGUAGGAAAUGACCAGUGGUCCUAUGUCUGGGCUCCUCUCCUAAUGCAGACAGCCCUUCUAGGCUGGAACCUGGGACAAUGGGAGUAGCAAAACCGUAGCCCUUAAGAAGUCUGAGCCCCCCACCCUCUGGGGCCUUUGCACGAUGGCUGAAACAGGGAACUUGCCUGGUAUUGCUACUGCAAAACAGGUGGGUGACCACAACUGGCAGGGCUCGGACUCGUCUCUGUGGCACGAGGAUCACUUGCAGCCCUGCCUGGUGUCACCUUCUGCAGUGACCACCAUGAGAGCCCAAGGAGGGUCAGAGUGAUCUUGAGAUCAGCCCAUCCAUAACAAAGACCCACUGAAGCAAAGGUGUUCCUGACAGACAUCUGUCUAACCUAUUUUUAAAACCCUCCAGUAUUGCCUCCCCAUAUCACUGAUUCUUACCUUAAUCUUUACAUUCAGAUAGAUUUUUUGCUCAAUAUCUAUCCCUUGCUGCAGUUUCAGCUUGUUAUUACAUGUCCUGUCCAAGCACAGAGACAGGACACAUUACAACCUUUCUCCCUGCAGCUGCAGAGGCUUAGCAGGACCAGCCAUAAUUUUAUAACACUUACGCCCCUCAUGUCCCCGCCUCUUGACAUAGGAAUAGCGAACCUUUCAGCCUGUUUCCAUAUCAGGGUCUUCCUGUGCCUACCAUUUUGACCCUGACUCUUUCUGCAGUAUCCUUUUCCCUGGUGGAACGCCCUGGAUUGCGCUUAUAGAAAGGCAUUAAAAUAUUUGUGAUAAUGUUCCUCUUCUAUAUAUCUCUGAUUUGGUUGCUUUAUUUGUUUUAUCUGUGCUGAGCAGCACCAACCUCCAGUGUGUUGUCUACGCUCAGGUUUUGGGGCCACGCUGACUCUCUCUGAGCAGCUGAAUGCCCACCUAGUUCAUCUAUCCCUUUGCAAGCGCAUUUCUUUGCAUUUAUCCACACACAACUUCAUUUACCAUCGUGCCAGCUGCUCACCCAUCUCGAGCAGAUCUUGAGAUUUCCUCAAGAUCUCAAGACUGUUCUCUGGUGUGAAGCAGUCUAAUCAACUUAGUGUCAUCUGCAGUUUCCCAUCCCCACACCUCACCUUCUUCUCUGGGUGAAAACACCACCAGAUGGAGCCUUUUUGCCACGAUGAAAAUAAACUACUAAUUGUCAUUUUCCUUUUCUCUUAAUCAGCCACAUUAUUGACAUGUCACCAUCCUCUAGGCCAGUUCUCUGGUUUGGUUGUGUCUCCAGCAGGACUUUUUCAGAGAACCUUGGAAAGAAAAGAGUAUAUCAGCUUUUAUUCACUACUUCACUGACACACUCCAAGAACUCUAACAGAUUGGAGAGAGCUUUUGCUUGCACGGAAAGCCAUGCUGCUUGUAAUUUAUUCUCAGCUUCCAGAUAAGGUGUUUCACCUUGCAAACCAAAUUCAGCUGUAAGGCCAGCAGACUUUAAAUAAAGACCAUUUUUCAGCUAUAUGGUAGAUGACCAAGCCUUAGCAAUGCCUGCGAUACCAGGACAGAGAAGUUUUAAAAUAGGUGCUGUAGUAAUGGGAAGUUUCCAUUUUAUCUGUUUUCUCAGGGGAUUUGUAGGGAAGAUUGUCUCAGGAUAUCAGCAUAUUUUCUCCCUCUGUCACUGGUUACCAAGUGGAAAAAAGCUUGAACUGGGACUGUGAAUGGGUGACUGGUCUGUAGUACUGUGUCCUGUCACUGGAUGGCAACAGCAUUGCAGGCACAGCCACCUGGGUGCUGCUCCGAGGGCAGAGGGGCCGAGCUCCCACCAAAGGGGAAAACCCCCCUUCCAGGUCCCCCUCUUUGUCCAGGUGACCUCGGUAUCCAUCAGCUGUGGUCCGCACACCCAGAGCCGUGGUGUGCACCACGCUCUGACCCAUAGCAAAGGCAGGCAUCACUGGUUUGUACUGGGCUGCUGUUGGGGAAAGUGUAAGUGCUUUAGGGGGGCAGAAACAGGCUAAAGCAGGGUUGGAUUUGCUGGGCUCAAAGCAGACCAAGAUGAGGAGGCUUGGCCAUCCCCAGAAGCUCUUUGUAGGGUUGGUGGGCCCUCUCUAGAGAGCUGCAGCAGGUAUCUACCUCGAAGCCCCACUCGGCAGAGUUUGGGCAGGGGGCCUGGACAAGGUGCACAGGCCACCUUGACUAUAUGCAGAAGGCUUUUUGCUCUGGGACUGGCAGUGCCAGGAGCCAUUAAUAAUAAUAAAAAGUACAUCUCUGCUGUAGAAGUAAGAGCUCUAAAUAAAACUAUGUUCUUAGAAUACCCCAAACUUGCUCACAGGGCUGAAUCAGCCAGUUUAUUCUGCAGGGUUAAAGCCCUGAUCAACUACAUUAUUUUUUAACCAGUGUAAACUUUGUUUAACCACCCACCCAGUCACAUACUGGACCUUGUACCAAAGCAAGCUCACCUAAUGCACUGAACGGCAGGCUCUCCCUGCUGCCACCUUCCUGGCCACCAUGGUGCUACUGGGGAUGACUGCCCCCAGGGCUUUGGCUUCUUUCCCCGGAGAGCAAGGGAAACCGAGGUGGGAAGCCCUCAAUGGGAAAGUGAGGGCAGAAGAUGAGGAGAAGGCUCUGCCAUGGCUGUUCACAGGAGAGGAUUGUUCACUGAACCAUUUGGGUUGGAAGGAAGGUGUCACUCCCGCUCAAAGCAGGGCUACCUAAAUCACUGCAGGGUUUGGCAGACAGCUGCUGAGCAAGGAUGCCAUUUUUCUAACACCAGAGAUGCAAGCUGGGGUUGUAUCUGAGGAAGGACCAGCUCUCGGUGAUGCCUACAACUUAGCUGCACCUACUGGCAGCAGUGCCUGCCUGGUCUGCUCACGCCUCGACUGGGUAGGGAGAGGAACCAAGGAAAGGCUUAUGCUAUUCCCUUCUCCACCCAGCCCCUGGACCAACAGAUGGGACGGUUUCAGCAUCGCAGUGCUCAGUGAAGGCUGAGAUGCACCCCAGAAGUAGCGAAGAGGGGCGCGAGCUGUACAGCAGCAGUGCCAGUCCCCAGGGCUGGAGGAGCCAUACGUGGAUGCAAGGCAGGGCAGCUGAUCGCAGCCCCACUCGAGGCCACAAGCUCCGCACUGUGGUUCCUUGUGUCUCUCUGCUGGCUCCCUACAUAGCAAGGGGCGCAGAGAGGAAAGGGGGGGGGUUCCUUUUGGUGAGGGUUUCUUUGUGCGAAUGGCUACCCCAGGAGAGGUGUUAAGGGGACACAGCACGGGGAGUUGUCCAGACAGAAAACUCUUGGUUCAGACAGAAGCACUUGCGUUCGGGAGGGUGGGCAGAGGAAUUUAAAUCAGAGUGUUAUAAUGGGUGCAUAGAAGAAGGGGGAGAGUCUGAAAGAAGAGUCUCAUUUACUGACCCCAUCCAAGAGCACCUUUUACUCCCACCCUCUCCCAGCUCUUUCCCUCUGGGUGGGGGAAUCUGCCUGAGCUAUUAGUUUGCUUGUCAGAACCACCUCUCCCUUCUAGCCCUUCCUCGUGCUGCAAGCCUCUCCCUGAGCCACCCCUGCCAAACACCAGCUGCAGCAGGGUUCGGGCUGGCAGGGGCCAGCACUGCCCCAGAGAGACCAGUCUCUUCAUGGUCAGGACUGGGGGCAGCCUUCUGUGAAGCUCUGUGUGAUGGGUUUUACACAUAUACUUGAAACCACACUAUUAAUUCUGGUUCUUCCUUGCCUUUUUCACAGUAUCAAAGCACACGGUGUUUUACACAGCUCCUUCCCCCAUCCCUCCAGGAAGCCCCAGUCUCUCCCAGCACUGCAGGAAGGGGACGGGGUAUAUGACGGAGAAUAAAGCAUGUUUUGCACUGACUCUGGAGGGAAGGGACUGGUAAAUACCUUUUCUUUCCAAGGGGAGGAGGAGAGGAAGACCACAGGUUGUCCCAGUAGCAGCAGGAAAAUGGGGAAUGGGGAAAUGAGUUCUGUUUGCAGGGCAGCCUUUCCCCAGUGCAGGUCAUCUUGAAAUGGCAGGCAAAGGGUCUGCGUGGAACAUGGUGCGUUGCUUUUACAUGAAAAAAUAUUUCUUUCACAUAUAUUCUUUUUAAAAAUGAUGUAAUAUAUAUGAAAAUAAAAAUGGUACAUGCAGUGCAAACGCUU